AUGAACGUCACCUCCAUUCCUCUUGCUCUGGCUCUUUCCAUGAGACCGGUGAAGGGACUACACUGGAACUUACAAACCUAUCAUGUGUCGCUCAUGAUUGCGACUCUCAUCGCUGUUUGUCUCACCACGAGAAGGCUUUGGACAGGCCCGGCAGCAGACGAACCGACCAAGCGGAUCCCUCCCGGUCCUCAAGGUCUUCCCAUCAUCGGUUCUUUUGCCUUCUUGACGCACUUCCCCGAGCGCACCCUCGAUAGAUGGGCCAAAAAAUACGGGGACCUCUACUCUGUCUGGCUCGGCAACCAGCUGUUCCUCAUCAUCUCGAGUCCAAGCGUCGCCAGGGACAUCAUGGUCACGAACGGUGCUGUCACAUCGUCCCGCAAAGAGAUGUUCAUCAAGAGUCAGACUGUGUUCGCUGGCCGUGGCAUCACUGCAACACCGUAUGACGAUCGAUGGAGGAAGCAUCGCCGCAUCGCUGCUCAGUGGCUGAGCCAGAAGGCGGUUGACAGCUAUACCAGCGUGCUCGAUUUCGAGGCAACAGACGUGGUCAGGAGUCUACUCGACGCCAGCAACGGCGGGCGGCGUCUCGUCAACCCGCAGCCACAUGCCGGUCGUUGCUCAUUGAACAACAUGCUGUCGAUUAUGUUCGCCAGACGGACUGAUUGCAUCGGACAUCCCCUUGUGGCCGAGGCUCUCCGGUUGAGCUGCGAGUUCAUCUCUUCUCGAGAAGCACUUAACGCAGUCAUGAUCAAGGAUAUCGAACGCCGCAUGCAGCGAGGCGAGAACGUAGCAGACUGCUUAUCACGGACUAUGCUCUCGGUCCGAGGAGAAGAGGGGCUCGAUGAUCUGGAUAUGACGAUGGGUGCUUCGGCAUUCAUGAUUGGCGGUGUCGAGACCACCGCCUCGAUGAUCCAAUGGUUCUCCGCCCUUAUCCCUUCGCACCCGGACGUGCAGAAGCGAGCACAAGAAGAGCUGGACCGAGUGAUCGGGCGGGACCGCCUUCCCACAGUCGAAGACGAAAUCCACUUACCAUACUGCCACGCCAUUGUCAAGGAGAUUGAGCGAUGCCACAAUCCAUUCUGGCUCGGCACACCGCAUGUGGCCUCCGAAGGUUUCACGUAUAGGGGAUACGACAUCCCCAAGGACACCGUCCUGGUGCUGAAUACAUGGACGAUGCAUCACAAUCAAGAGCGCUAUUCGGACCCCAUGAACUUCAACCCCGAUCGCUACCUCAAGGACCAGCUCAGCUCAGCGCAAAGCUCCAACCUCGCCGACCCCAACCAGCGAGACCACUGGAUGUUCGGGGCCGGACGACGCAUCUGCCCCGGGAUGAUCGUCGCCGAGCGCGAGAUCUGGCUGGCGAUCUCGCGCAUGCUGUGGGCUUUCGAUUUGGAGGCUGCUGAGGGCCACCCCAUCGAUCUCAUGAUGUUCGGAACCAUCCACACCAACCAUGCGGAGCACACCAUGGUCCCAGUUCUCAAGUUGAUCGACAUCGACCAGGCGAGGCCUGUGGAGGCAGGCGCACACAACGUAGAAGAUGCCAAGAAGUACGACGACGAGCUGAAGUUGGACCAAUACAACUUCUUCCCAGGGGGAGACACCACGCCAAGGAACGGAGGAAUGGACCUCAAUAUUCUCAGCAUAGGUGUAGUCAUGGCUCGGUUGAUUGUUCGCAAGCAUUUCAUGAGCAUCCCAAAAGUCAGAGAAAAUAUUCAAAAGGCUGAUCAAAUCCCCGCCGACACUGACGCCGACCUCUUGACCCUGAUGAAGAGGUGUCUGGCCGUCGACCCCGUCAACCGACCGCGACUGCAGAAUCUCCUGUUUCUGCUGCUGAAUAAUGUUGCGGCGAAGAACGCUGGUACCUACAAGGGCAAGCCGAACGAGACGCGGGAAUCGGGCAUAGGCAUCCAGAUGUUUGUCCAGCAGAACAUACUCGACGCGAACAUCAUCGUUUAA